UUUAACUCUCCUCUUUUUUUUUUUUUUUUUUUUAAGAACUUGGGUUGUCAAGAAUUCAUGAUGAAGACCCUUUUUUUGUCUCUCUUAGUUGUCUCUGUUCUGCUUCUGGAUAGCUUCUCAGAAGUGCAGGGAAGGAAAUGGAAAGGUGAAGGUACAACGCAAAACCUGGAAAGUAUUGUCAUUGGAAGGUGCUAUGACUAUAUUAGAACUGUGAAUCCUGCUGUUGGUGAGAAGAAUUGUUCAGAGAUAUGGGAAGCUUUUAAAAAUGCAUUUAUUAGCAAGGAUCCUUGCAGCAUUCUACCUAAGGACUAUGAAUUAUUUAUCAACCUGUCAUUGCACUCAAUUCCGCCUAACAAGUCACUCUUCUGGGAAAACAAUCAGCUGCUAGUCAAUAGCUUUUCUGCCAGAGGCCGUCGCUACAUGACUCUGGGUGAUACUCUGUUUGGCUUCUUUGCAGAUUUUCUAAACUGGUGUGGGCAGGCAAACAGCGCUGGACUGGACUAUGAAUCCUGCCCUACCACAGAGGAAUGUGAAAACAACGCGGUGGAAUCUUUCUGGAGGAUGGCCUCGAUCACAUAUGCACAGCACAGUUCUGGGGUGAUACAUGUCUUGUUGAAUGGUUCUUCAGUCGGAGGAGCUUAUCCAGAUCCAGGUUUUUUUGCAGAUUAUGAAAUACCUAAUCUCCAGAAAGACAAAAUUUCACAAAUUGUCAUCUGGGUUGUGGAUGAUAUUGAAGGACCAGAUACAGAUUCCUGUGGAACUCAUACCGUAAAGGUAUUAGAAAACAGGCUGAAAACCCUUGGUUAUGAUGUCACCUGCACUGACAAUUACAAGUCUGUAGUGUUCUUACUCUGCCUGGAUUAUCCUGAUGAUUCUAAGUGUACCCUUUCAUCAUCUGCACCAGCAGCACAAAGAGGACCUGUGUCUUCAGACAGAGGAGGCAGCUGGAACAAGCUCAUGUUUGUUUCUUUCGCAGGCUUUUUGUUCAGAUUUGCUUUAGUGUACUAAGUUAAUCAACUGAAUCCAUAUCCUCUGUUUGCCUUAGCUGGCUAUAAAUUUGGCUUUAACUAACUUCUAACUGCAAUUUCACCCUACUUCUGGGACUGGCAAA